UAAUAUCCCUGAUCUUCUGUUCUUCAGAAAUAACUCAGCUCCAUAGAAAGUACUGCUUACUCUGUUUAUAAUAUCCUCUAGCGUUUGUUCAAAAUUAUACCAGUUUUAAUAGCACAGAGCAACAGAAGGGCAACACUGGUAUUUUAUUUUAUUGGAUGUAUUUAUCCUUGUACACAUGCAAUCUUAUUUGGUGCCCAAAUGAUAAUAUGCAUUGUUUUGUUUUUAUAUAGGUACCCUUUCUUUUCUUAGCAGCCUUACAUCCCUUUGGACAGAAUGCAAGAUUUAAAUGUGACAUUGGGAACACGACAAAAGAGGAGGGGAUACAUCAAAUCACUGCUUCAGAUUCCACAGGCUUUUUUAGUUACUGCUUCGUAAUGUUUGUUUGGCCUUAAUGGCAUGUAUAUAAAAUAAUGCAUCUGUUCUUAUGUUCUGUUUUGCAUAGUUUGAUUUCUCUUUGUAUAUAAAAUUGUAGGAUUGAUUUAUACUUCACUUGCCUAAACUAAAAUACUAAAUCUGUACUAUUCCUGUACCAGGAAUCACAAUUCAAUGGGAGGAGCUCUACAAGACUGUAGGAAGGGCAGAUGUUGACUGUUAUUUCUCUGUCCAACCUAUGGCUUCUUCUAAGCUUUUAGGUGGAAGCAGCAGCUGUACUCAGAUGCACUCUUCCUUCCACACUAUAGUAACAUGCAUCCCAAGGUGAAUGAAGGUAAUUGUUCCUUUUGGACUUUCCAGAACUUGACUAUAUGUAUCAUACUUAUAGAGCUCUGUAGGGUACAAGGUGAAAUAAUUACAAAAAACAAAGAUGUGGAAGUUGGUGGCAGAGUUACUUUGAGAUGUACAUUAUCAAAGCUGUAUGACACUAUUCAAGUUACAUGGCAGAAAGAAAUGAAUGGAAGUGUUGUAAAUAUGGCAACAUAUCAAAGUGGAAAAGGUCCAAAUAUCCUCCCACCAUACAAUCAUCAAAUCAAUUUCACAGUUUUAGGAGUCAAUGAUACUGCGAUCACCUUUUGGAAUGCUAGUAUCCAAGAUGAUGGGUGCUACCGAUGCAUAUUUAAUACAUUUCCUUUAGGAUCUGUCACAGGAAAGCCGUGUCUUUCUGUUUACACCCACCUCAGCAUCUUUAUAUACUACAAAACCUCUGAUAGACAUACAAAUGCUACCUGCUUUGCAUCCGGCUUCCCACGCCCUUCUAUCUCAUGGCUUCCACCAGGACACAAAAUGAAUGAAAACCUGAUCACAAAUCCCAAUGGCACUGUAUCUGUUAUGCGCAGCAUCUUUGCAAAUACCUCAGGAAACCAUGCUGGACAAGAGCUGAUCUGCAGAGUUAAACACAGAAGAAAAGAGGUGGACCUCAAACUGGCAUUAUUAGGCAGAGGCCACAAUCAUCAGGAUUAUUUGGUUCUAAUUCUACUGGCCCUAAUGCCUAUGAUCAUUCUUAUGAAUUAGGUACAUUAUUGAGGCAAGACAGGAAAUAAACACAGUGGUUUCAAAGAGAUUCUUCAGUCAACCCCCAACACUUAAUUCCAUAGAAAUGAAAAACAAAAGCCUCAGUAGAUCUUGCCAAACUAGACUGAACAGAGUGGUGUUGCAACUGCACUUUAAGACUGAAAAAUAAUAAUCCACCAAUAAAUUUGGUAACAGAGGUGAAAGUGACGCAGAAAACACUGGACUGAAAUGAUCUGGCAAUGAUAUUACCUUGAUCCUCUGUAAAAGCUGAGCAAAUGAAACAUAUCAAUUUCAGAUAUUCAUGGCAAAGGGAGAAAUAGGUCAUGGAGAUAGACGUUUUACUGAAUCUUACAUUUUCUAUGAGAAUUAAUUCCUGAAAUGAUUCUAUUGCUGUGAUAAACAGCUAUUCCUUGUGCCUCCAUUCAGUGGUUUUUAUUCCCCUGCCUUUUCAGAUGAUAAACCAUAUUACUUAACCUACUUUAAAAUGAGGUAGAUCAUCCCUACUAAGGGGCCAUUCACGCUUACUUUUUUGAACGAAGAGAUUUGCAUCUCUGCACUGAUUCAGAACCAAUUCAGAAUCGGUUCAGUGUUCCUAUUACAUUUACUGUGCUCAAACCUCUCUGUGCCAUUUUAACCCUGUUGUCAUUCACAUUUGCCACUGUAUCAAUUUAAAAUGGAGAUGCCUCCAUCUCCAGGAGCAAUGCAGCAUGACCUAAAUCGAUUCAGUAGCGAGUUCACACUACCAAAGCAAAUCAUAGUGGCUCUUAAAAACAAACUGCUAAGGGAUCUGAUGCCAAAUGCACGGCUUAAGUGGGCUUUUUGCUCCCCCUCUCCCCCCCCGCAAACUGCACCGAUUGCACUUAUUUCACAGAAAUAAACUGAUUCCACACCGAUAUAUUUCCAUAGUGUGAAUGGCCCCUGUUUCAAGGUCUUCCUGUAAAUGCUGCUGUGGGGCCUCUUUGGCUUUCUGUUUCAAGCCCUAUCCUCAAGAUAUCCUUGCCUUCAUUAUAACCUCCUUUGUGGCUGCUUCUGCUAUAAAAGAAAAAACACAGCAAUCUUUGUACUGAGUAUGGAAACACUUGCUGCAUUUUAUUUAAAGGAAACCAGCUAAUUGCUGUAGCUGGCUAUAUUUUCUGAGUUUUUAAAAAUGGUUUUUGUAUUAUAUUAUGUUUGCUUCCCUUCUCUUUCACUUAUAAAUCAUAUUAAACUUUUCUAGAGAUGUCAAAUACACAGUAAAUGCAUAUGUAUAUAAAUUAGAGAUAGUAUGCUAAGAAAUCUAUAUGAAGGAACUGAAGAAAUGAUUUGCCCCUUUGUAGAACUUUAAUUAUUUCAAAAUCCUUUGGAAGACUGCUCAUUUAAUCAGACAAAGGAGUAAAGAAGGGAAAUGCUUUCUCAAGUGCAGCAGCAUUAGUAUGCAAACUUGUGCCUAUGGCUAAAAUCCUGCUGGUUAGUUCCAGUUUAGGUAGAUCCAAUAAGUAAAUUGUUGAACAGUGGAAUGACUCUAGUUAGGGCUAAACUGGGAUUUAGACCAACAAAAUUAUAUCAGCUACUUUAGCUAUGAUAAAAACAACAACAACAUGACAAAGAAGAAAGCUGAGAAUGCUGCUGAAGUUCAAUUUCCCUCAGUUUGAUCUGGAGAGGAGCAUUUUGAAAGUUAUGUUUCUCAAAUAAUCAUUAAUUUGGCAGGAAGCCUAUCACACAGCAUUGCUUUUCAAAAUACUAACCUUUUAGGAAUUUUCUACAUUGACCCAAGCAGGACCCAGAAGGAUUCAGCUAAGAAUUGUCUUACCAAACCUUCUUAGUUGCUUUGCCAUUCUGUCUCAACUCUACAUUGCACUGGAACAUACUCGUUUCCAUGACUCAACCACAGCAGAACUUCACUACUAAGCAGUGAUAGCUUAGCUGCCAUUAUGUUUUUUAUGUACCCUCCCUUACUCAUUUUGCAGUCAAGAAGAAGAAGGCAGAUACCAACUGCUGGCUUAAAUCUAAUUAGAACUUGGUAAAAAAAGGCAAUGACCAUUUUAAUCAGGCAGGCUUUGGGCAACUGACUGAGAAAAAUGCUUUUAACAGAUGGGUCCUGUAUUUUUAAAAACAUUGCUCUGUUCUAAAAUUACUUAAGAAUUCAAAAUGUUAUAUAAUUAAGAUACAGUUGAAUCAAUUCUCUCUCUCUCUCUCUCUCUCUCUCUCUCUGUGUGUGUGUGUGUGUGUGUGUGUGUGUAUUCUGUCUGUCUUUGCUGAUAAUCUUAUUGAAAGCUGCUCUGAGUCUUGGUUUGGGGGUGGGAUAAUACAGUCAUUCUCAAACUGUGGAAUGGGACCCCCAAGGGGUGAGAGUUGCUCAAGAAGGUGUGUGAGACUUGGAGGCUCUAAUCCUUCCUUUCCUCCUCCUUCUCCUCCUCCUCCUCCUCCUCUACUACCACCACCACCUCUUUCUAAACCUUUUCUGUCCUGGUGGGGAAGAGAAAGGAGAGAAGGACUUGGAAUGUCCACCUCUGCCUGAGCAGGGAGGAUGACAAGGAGAAGAGUGCAGAAGAUCACUGGAUCAUGGGCUCUGGCGGGGCCCACCUGAGCCACUGCUUCUUCUUCCUUCUGUCUUGUCACUGCUCCAGUUAUUUGGAUGAGAUGCUGCCGCUGCCUCAGCCAGCAGCCCACACAGUCCAGUGUGCCCUAGGUCCACAGGAGAGCCAACAAACAUAAUAGCCCCUGGUGGCAGUGGUGGCCUGCAGCACCUCUGGUUUGGGGCUACUGCCAUCACCUGGCUAUGGCUAGGCCCCUUCAGAGGCAGAGGAGAAGUGGCCUCUGUGGCUCCCCUUCUGAGCAACUGGCACAUCGGAUUGGCCAGCUGAGGAGGAACUGUGCAAGUACAUCGCUUCCUGUGAGCCACUGGAGCAGAGCAUGUGGCCUUGGUUCAUGUGUGCCUGUACCAUGUGCCUGCAGUCUCCUGGCUGGCCAGCUGGAGACUUCCACGCACAGUUGGAGGCACAUAUGAAGCUGUUCCUCUGGACUGGUAAGACAGGGAGGUAUGCAAGGCAGGGGCUGGAAAAGUCCCAAAGAGUGAAAGAAUGAACAAAGAGGACUUUGGGCAGUCAUUGAAGGCAUUGAGGAUGGUAGACAAUCAGAACCCGCUUCCAAGAGGCCCAGUUUCUAUGCCCCCCCCCCAACAUGUAUAUUUGUACAUAUGUACAUUUGUUCUCUCUCACAUUCAAUCACACUGUUUCUCUCACACUUGUUCUUUCAUAUGGUUACUCUUGCAGGGAUUCAUUCACAUUAAUUUUCUAAGUUGUUGACCCUCUGAGAGGAAUUUCUUUCAGUCUCAAAUUCCUUUUUCUCCAUAGACAAAAAAGCACUAGAUUUUCCAGAACAAAUUGGUUAUCAGGGAAGUGGUCCUUCCUUUUCAUGUGUGCUUCAAGCAAUGACAAUUAGAGCAAUUACCUCCCGCCCCUCCAGAGGCUGCAACAGCAGCAGAGAUAUCCAGCUGGCUAACUGCUAGUCAGCUGGCUUCUGCUACCUCACCAUCACCACCCCAUUUGCUUAAUUUGGCAGGGAAUUACAAGCCAUGCCAUUCAGGUACAUGACUAAAAGUGUCUGGCAGAUGUGAGGGCCUGCCCACCCAACCACAAGGUGUAAGAUGAAUGUGUGAGUUCUGUCUAAAACCCAGAGCUGAAGAACCACAGAAGAACCAAACAAGAUGGUUCCAUGCAAAGCAUUGAUGUGACAAAGAUAUUUGGCAACCGAGGCGAGGAAAGUCUGAGGAACUUGGAAGCUGAGGUAGGGUGCCGUCCAGGUGUGACGAACCAUGACUGGGAAGGUGCUUAUCUCCUGAGUCGCCAUGAAGAGGAACUGACAGGACAAUGGAGUUCUCUGAACAGAACUAGAGAUUUUGAACAGAACAAGUUGCUUGGAACAGCCUGUCUUACCUCCCAAAAGAGGAAAUUGAGUAAUGGGCUGCAAUAGUGCAAGAGAGCCAGAGAGAAGACAAAGUAUAAAGACCCUGGACUUUCAUCUCCAGUUUGUUGGCAUCAUCCGUGGCAACGGUGUCAUCCCCAACCUUCGAGAACAACUGAUCAAUGUUCAGCAGAAGGAAAGUGUGUGUGAGUAUUGUAUGAAUGUGCGAAUGAAAGAGCUCUUGAUAAUCAAUG